GUCGUGUAGUGAAAUAUAAAAUGUUUUCGAUUAAAAAAUAUUCAUCCGAUUAGAAAUUCUCAGAUACAUUUUGUAUCUUUUUUUGUGUGUCUUCUAUUUAAUAAAUAUACGACUAUCUAAUUGAAAUUGAUAUAAAUUCUUCUUUUCUCUUUCUUCGUAUGAGUGAGUUUUUGUCUUUGGCUGGAGGAAUAUCAAUUUCGCGUGAAUGAUUGACGUUUAAUGCAAUUCAAUACCCUUAACCCUCCCGCAUCAGCACCAUCUUCACCUCACCCUUCACAAGUAUUGUAAUUUAAAAAAGAAAGAAACGAAAAUCAAAGUGUAUCCAAAGGAUCUGUCAUCUGAAUGUGGUGUGUAUAUUCUAAUAGAAAGGAUUUUAACUUUCUCAUCUGUUAAACGUUCAUCAAAAGCGGAUGUGUGCAUUGGAGCAUCAGUUAAAUACACGAAACCAAGUAUUUUCCACAGUCAGCAACACUAAAAACAACCUACCGUACACAUGCUCCUUGAAGUGUCACCGUCGUCAGUUAUAUCCUUCUUCAACAGUCGCUAGUCGACGACCAACUUCUAGGUACGUACAACGACAAUGGUGUCGUGGGGAUGCUGCAUUUAAUUGCAAUUGCGACGUCAGUUACUCGUCGCUCGUCGUGUCGUUAACGUAAACUGUCCUUAGAGACCAAAGUCCUUUCUGAUAUCCGUUUUCCUUUUUCAUUUUUCCGCGUUUAAGGUUGGUGUUGGAGGAAGUGUUGCGCUUUUCUGUUUGCUUUUGCCUUUCCUGGUUAAAAAGAGCCCAAACUCUAUCUAACUUGAUUCGGUUUAUCCUGUUGUUCAGGCGGAACGAAAAGGACUAAGCAUAAUCUUCAUCAGCAGGACCAGAAAAUUGGCUGAAAUUCCAUCCUUUCGGAACUGAAUUCUUUUACACACACACACACCGCACCACACAUGCUGUGUGUAUUGAACUAUAUUUAAGGACUAUUGUUAAAACUAUCUCAUUCCAUCCCUCUGCACCCCAAACACCCUGUUGUCAAUCUCCCACAGCGUGUCUGGACUAUUGUUCGAGAUAAAUAUCACAAAAAAAUACAAAUAAAAAAAGGAUAUGAAGUAGAGGUAAAGUAAUAUUUAUAGAAAAAUGUGUAAUGUCCUUUAACAUUAUUGUGCGUGCGUGUGCAUCAUAGCUGUUGUUUAGUAACAGUGAUGAAAGAAUAGAUAUAGAUAUAAAAAAAUGGUUUAAAAUCUUAAUUUCAAUAAUGAAUCCUUGCAAAUAGUGCAAAAGAAAAAUAAAACAAAACAAACAAAAAUAAUUAUUAAAAGUGGUCCAUUGAAAGAGUUGAUUUGCUACUACUACACUACUCGUAAUACCUAUAAACAGAAGAAGACGAAGAAGCAGAAGUAGGAGAAAUAAAAAGAUAUCCUGAGUGUUUGUGUAUAUUUAUUCAACAGAUAUCCUUCUAUAACAUAACAAGCAAAAACAAAGCAACAACAACGACAAAUAUAAUUCGUAACAGAUUGGAAAAAGAUUCACUUGCUGGUCAAAUUUAUCAAAAUGCCAACAAAUAAACCGUCCCCAGAAAAUGAGAGCACCCGUUUGCCCACCACAGUUCAGAUGACAGCGAAAAUAAAAUCUUCAUCACCAGCGUUGACAAUAAACUCGACUAAAAGUGACGGUGAUGCAGACAGUAGUGGUGGAGGUGACGUUGGCGGUGGUAAAGGUGUUAUCGAUGAAACAUCUCCAACUAAUAUCACAACACACAAUGUCACCGCGAUUACUAAUAACAUCAAUUUAACAUCUUCCGAUAUUGGACUAAAUAAAGCAGGCUUGGGUGCUGUAGGGAGUGAAAAUAAUCAUAGCAGCAGUAGAGGUGUUGGAGGGGGGACAGGAGAAGGAACAGGAGCUGCAUACGAUGUAAUAGAGGAUGAAGCUGGCGAAGAGACUGAUGUCAUAGGAGAAUUGGUUGGUCAUUUUGGAAAAUGGCAGUUCCUAAUGACAAUAUUAUUGUCACUUUUUCAAGUACCGAACACGUUUCAUAUAUCGUCACCAGUUUAUCAGGCAGCCAACAAAAAUUUCUGGUGCAGUCGACCAGACAAUCUUCGAUCUAUUCCUGUUGAUGUGUGGCGAAACUUCAGUGAUUCAAAAGAUAAUUGCUAUCAAGUUAGUUAUGACUAUUAUCGGAUAUCACUUUCUGCAAAUUCCAACAUGGAGGACAAUCUACCCGACAUUCCACAUAAUUACACACGAAUAGCAUGUUCGUCGUGGGAAUAUGAUAUGAAUGAUAAUUUAGGCAAUACAUGGACUUCAGAAUGGAAUUUGGUUUGUGACAAGGAAUAUCUGAAAAAUGUCGCAGAGAUGUUCUUUUUGUUAGGGGUUGCCACAGGUGGUAUUAUAUCUGGGUAUUUGUCAGAUAAAUUUGGUAGAAAAACAAUGUUAUUCAUAUCAGCAGUGUUGCAGACAAUUUUUGGUCUGGCAUUGUAUUUUGCGAAUUCAUUUGAAUUGUACUUAAUAUUGAGAACCCUCCUCGGAUUGGUAUCUGUUUCGGUGACCUACGCUGGAUUGAUUUUAGCCAUUGAAUAUGUCGAUGGCAAAUGGCGAACUAUUGCCGGAAUGUAUAAUUUAUUUCCACUGCCAAUAUCCUAUAUGUUGAUAUCAGGAAUUGCCUAUUUGACACAGGACUACCAAAAACUACAACUUUGUAUUGGUUUUCCUGGUAUAUUUUUGUGCUUUUUAUGGUUUGUUGUUCCAGAAUCACCACGUUGGCUUUUAUGCAAAGGACGUGUUGCAGAAGUAAAGAAAAUUGUAGAAAGUGCAGCCGCAUUUAAUGGCCGACAACUGCCAGAGAAUUACGAGAAAAUAUUGACGCCACCUGUUCAAGAGGAGAGCACUCAUGACUUUUGGUGCUUGUUUCGAUCGAGAUACCUGCGGAGGAUAACAAUAUGUUUUCUGCUCAUUUGGUUUACAAUGAAUUUGGUGUAUUAUGGAUUGAUUCUUAAUAUGAAUACUUUUGGGGGAAAUGUAUACUUGAAUUCGGCUCUAGCUGGUCUAGUCGAAAUUCCUGCGAUUGCCAUUGCUAUGUAUAUCAUUAUGAAAGUUGGCAAGAAAUGGCUAUUUUGUGGGACAUUAGUUUGUGCUGGUUUUGCGUGCAUGUGCGCGGCCGUAACCGAAGGUCAAGAUGAUAUACUGUGGUUGAAAAUUACAUUCCUAAUGAUUGGAAAAUUCACAAUUAGUGCUGGCAACACUAUAAUGCCCGUUUAUACAGCAGAAUUGUAUCCAACGGCGAUACGUAACGUUGGUGUAGGAGCUUGUAAUGUGGCUGCUGGUUUGGCGUUAAUAUUAACACCCUAUUUGUCAUUGUUGACAAAAAUCGAAAGUCAUUUACUGAUGACAUUAUUGACUGCCUGGAGCUUAUUCGGUGGUGUGGUUGUAUUGUUCCUGCCUGAAACUAUGAAGCAACAUACUAAGCAGCAUCCGCCUGAAGAAAAAUGUUAGGUGAAACCAUUUUAAUAUUUUUAACCAAAACCAAAACAAAACUCCAGCAAACAAUGCAAUAAAAAGCCAUAUCCAAAUUGAAUGUGAGUCUCAUUUAAACCCAUUACUCAUUACCUUAAUAUUAAGAAAACAAUUUUUCAAAAAUAAAAAUUAUAAUAUAAAAUUUAUUUUAAAUAAUUUUUAAAUCUCAACUAAAAUAAAAAAAACUAAAAUUAAAAAUUGAGAAAAACAAUGAAAAGGAAAAACUGAAAUUCAAAAUCAAUAAGAUAAAUGUUGUUAACUAUACAUAUACAUAUAUAUUAUAUAAAAAAAUAUGUAGUUUCAUAUUGUUAAAUAAUUUAUACAUAAUUAUAUAAAAUUAUAUUCGUAUAGUAAUUCGUAAAAUAAUUAUUUGUUGUUGAUGGUCUUUAAAAUCUAAAUCUGAAUUAAAACAAACAAAAAAUUAUAAUCGAUGUCAUUAUACAAACAAAAUAAAACUGUGUACAGUGAAAUAAAAACCAUAAACAAAAUCAAAAACAAUAUUAACAAAUUUACUUACACACAUAUCUAAAUGUCUCCAUAAAAAUAGAAUUUUUGGCUGGCCCAAAAAUAUUUCAUAGCCUUAAUUUAAAUGAUUUGUAUUUUGUAUUUUUAAUUAAUGUCCAUGUGUUUAUUACCGAAAUGGUGCUUUUUUUAAAUUUAAAUUUAAUGCAAAACUCCAAUAAUUUACUAUACAUAACAUUUAAAUAGCAAAAGAACAUAUCUAGAACUAUAAAGAAGAAAACCAUAUCCAACUCAGAAAACAUAAACAUUAAACACUAGAUUUUAAGACUAUAUUACAAAACAGGCAGGUCCUUUUUUGUGUAAGAGAUUUUUUUAAUACAAAAUACAUAAAAUAAACAAAAACAAAUAGAACAAACAUUUUUAAACAAAGUUCAAUAAAACAAAACACAAACAAACAAAAAUGCAAAAUUAUAUUACAAAACAAAGGAAAUUAAAAUUGUUCAAAAAUAUUAAACCAAAAAAAACAAAUUUAAUAAAAAUAUUAUUAUAAUAAUUAUUUAAAAAAUAUAAAAUAUAUCAAUGUGUAAAUGUAAAAGUGUAGUCAAUUAAAUUAAUUUUAAAAUAAGAAACAAAAUAAUAAUAAUAAUAAUGAUUGAAAGUUAGAUUUGUAUUGUCAAUUAUAUUAUAGCAAUUUAUAUCAUAACAAAAAUGCAUUUAUUAAUGUUGGAAAUUAAAAUGAUUUAUUGUUUUUAUUAUUUAAUGUUUCAAAGUAAAUAUUUAUGUUUUUAUAAAUUUCGCAAGCAUAUGUGUUUAUGUUAUGUACUUAUUUGUAAAUGAAUUUAUUAUAAUAAUUAUCGAUUAUGUUUAAUGUGAAUUGCUUUGUUAAGGUAUUUUAUGGAAUAAUUCAAAACUUUUGACAGGGAUGGCUUCGAUUUGUAUAAAAAUCAAUAUUAAGUUUUAAUUACAAGCUGCGUACGUGUACCUUCCUGUUGGAAGCUAUUGUGCUUAGAAUUUUAUCUAAAAUCAACCCAAAACUACACUCCAAUGAUAAAAAAAACAUGACUCUAUAUUAUGUGUCAUUCCUGUUUCAGAAAGAGUGAGUUUUUUUGUAAUCUUGCAAAAACAAAACUUAACGAAAAGCCGAAGAGCAAUAAUUCACAAUUUUUAAGAGUAAUCAUUUAAUUUCUUUGGAUUGACAUUUUUGUUUACGAACACUUCAGUAUCCUUUCGACGAUAUUACCGAAGCUUUUCAGAAGAUUUUGGAAGUAAGAAAAGUAGUUUUUUAAACAAAAACUAUCUUUCACAUCGGAAUUCAAUGAAAACAGAAGUAAGCCCUUCAACUUUUCGUAAAACUAAGAAAUUAGAUUAAAUAAAAACCCUCCCAAAGAAGUGCGUACUAUAGUAUUGUUGUAUUGGUUUAUUUUUAUAUGACCAAUAAAUAGCCCCUCUGACAAUAAAAAUAGUAUAGUUCCACCUUUAAACUAAAACUGUUGGUAAAACCUCUCAAGUUCUAAAAAUGAGUUAGAAAAAUUGGUAUUUUGUCAAUUUAAAAAAAUCGCAAUUAGGAGAAUUUGUAAAAUUGAAUCAAUACCGCAGAAUCAUCGUAAUUAUUUUUGUUUAUGUAAUAUUUAUGUUGUACUUAAUUUAGUUUCGUUAAGUUUUUUUCUAUGUUGUAAAAAUAAAGUUUGAGAACAAAAUGUUAAAAUAAAUGUCAAUAAUAUUAAAAGAAAAACCAAAAACAAGUGUUACAAAAAAAGUAUGUUAGAUGUAAAAGUUCUAUUGAAAAAUAAAAUGAAACAAUGUGAGUGAA